GAAAUCUGCCCGUUGCUGCUAAACAAGACUUCUAAUGAGCCGAUAGGCUCUGGAAAGUUUGGAGUUGCCUUUUUAGCAGAAUAUAGAGGAAUUAAAACCGCAGUAAAAGAGAUGAAAAAACAAAACGACUCGCCCAAAGAAACUGAACGUUGCCGACGCAAGGUGCUGUACGAAGCUCAGAUUCUUAAAAGUCUUGGGGACCAUCCAAACCUCCCUUUGCUUUUUGGUGCGUGUACAACCAUAGAGCCAUUUUGUCUCGUUUUCCAAUUCCACGGCAUUGGUGAAAAAAGUACCACACUCCAUGAGGCUUUAAAGAAAAGGCUACUAAAAAGAAAUUCAACGGCCAGUGUCUUAUUAAAUUGCCAAAACUCUUAA